GCUCACUCCCGCAAGGCUCCCCUUCAUCUCUCCCUGCUCCAAGCCUCUCUCUCGCACGCAUCCCACCCCACCCCACCCCACCCGACCGCGUUGAGUCGAGUCCAAUCGAUGGAGCAGCAGCCUGUGGCGGCGGCAGCGGCAGCGGAGCCGGAGGUACCGGCGGGGCUUGGGCUGACGGCCGCGGAGUACGCGCAGCUGCUGCCCACGGUGGAGGCGUACCACCGGUACGCCGUGGGGCCAGGCCAAUGCUCCUCCCUCGUCGCGCAGCGUAUCGAGGCGCCGCCAGCAGCCGUCUGGGCCAUCGUCCGCCGCUUCGACUGCCCCCAGGUGUACAAACACUUCAUCCGCAGCUGCGCGCUCCGCCCGGACCCCGAGGCCGGCGACGAGCUCCGCCCGGGCCGCCUCCGCGAGGUCAGCGUCAUCUCCGGCCUCCCCGCCAGCACCAGCACCGAGCGCCUCGACCUCCUCGACGACGCGCGCAGGGCCUUCGGCUUCACCAUCACCGGCGGCGAGCACCGCCUCCGCAACUACCGGUCCGUCACCACCGUCUCCGAACUCUCCCCGGCCGCGCCCGCUGAGAUCUGCACCGUCGUCCUCGAGUCAUACGUCGUCGACGUCCCCGACGGCAACAGCGAGGAGGACACGCGCCUCUUCGCGGACACUGUCGUCAGGCUCAACCUCCAGAAGCUCAAGUCCGUGGCCGAGGCCAACGCCGCCGCCGCGGCCACGACCGCGCCGCCGGCAGAAUAACGGCGGCCGGAUGCUGUGAUACGCUUUGCUUUUUCUCGGGAGGGGGUUGCUUCGAAUUGACGCAUGCAGGGGCUUCGAAUAGGUGUGAUUCCUGAGGUGCUGCCUGUAAUAAAACUCUUUCCAUGGACUCCUCCAUCCCCUUUCUUUUCCUUUCCUUUGGAAUUCUUUCACCUUUCUGUCGUGCUUGCAAUUGGAAUUCAACUUUGCAUGUCCGUGAUUCAUAGCUCGCUACUGCUAGAUGAUCAAGCCAGCUUAUCACUUAUAGCAGUACUACUCAAUGUUCAUUAGCUUGAUUCAUACUCUAGCCCUUGUUGAUCAAUGAUGAUGAUGAUGAAUUAGCACU